CUGUUUAUAGUCAGACAGUUUGCUGACAUCCAGUCGAAAGGACCGUCUGUUCUUCUCGUCAACUCAUUUCGGAUAUUUUGACUCUAUUCUCAUUUUCUCCCUCUGCUUACACCCAAUUGGAUAUCAAUCAUCGUUUUGGCUUAGCAUUCUGGUGCUGGGAAACCAUCAUCUGCUGCUCUCGUCUACCUUUUCGAUUGUUAUUCACCGAGAAAUAAGUGUCUGUGUCUGUGUCGUGUGUUACUUUGUCGUGUUAAACUAUCCUUGUGUUUCUUCGUGCACCAGUCAAGUCGUGCUUCUGCUGGUGUGUGUGUCUGUGUUUCGGUGUGAAUUUUGUGCAUUUUCCCCUGCGGGUUUCGACGUCGACGUCUAGCAAUUCGUCCGUCGCCAUGGCGGCCAAUCGAAGCUCAGCAUCCGACCGUUUCCUCGUUUUCAUCCUGACAAUUCUGGCAUUCUAUUCCGGUGCGUGCGUUGGCGACGGUUCCGCGACAGCGGCGGCCAGUUCGUCGUCUCUGUCCGGACCUGUUUUCUUGAAGGAGCCAUCCAACCGCAUCGACUUUUCCAACACGACCGGCACGGUGGUCGAAUGCGCUGCCACGGGUAAUCCUCGCCCGGAGAUCCUGUGGAUUAAAGCCGAUGGCAGCCCCGUCACGGAUGUACCCGGACUCAGACAGGUUCAAACGUCGGGCAGUUUGGUUUUCCCGCCGUUCCGCGCCGAGGACUACAAGCAAGACGUCCACGCCCAAUUCUACCGAUGCGUAGCCCGCAAUCCGGCCGGAUCCAUCGUCUCCCGAGACAUCCACGUCCGAGCAGUUGUACAAUCGAGUUACGUCGUCGAAGUCAACAACGAGCACGUCAUCCUCGGCAAUUCAGCUAUGCUGAAAUGUACGAUCCCUUCGUUCGUGACGGAUUUCGUUUACGUGGCCUCCUGGACGAUAUCGGACGAGCGAGGAGAACUCGCCAAUCUCGAUACCCAGUCAACGGAUGGCAAGUACAUGGUUUUGCCUAGCGGUGAAUUGCACAUUCGUGACGUGUCACCUGAAGAUGGAUACAAAUCUUAUCGCUGCCGGACCAAGCAUCGCCUGACUGGCGAAACUCGACUCAGCGCCACUGCCGGACGUCUAGUCGUCACCGAACCAAGUUCAAAUGUCGCACCUCGUACAUCCGGCCGAAAAAUCGAAGGCAGUCUAAUCGCCAUAGCUGCUUUAGAGCGUCAAGCUUAUCUUACCUGCGAUGCAACUGCUUUCCCAGUCCCCGUCUACAGAUGGUACAAGUACGUCGAAGGCAGCACGGCCAAGCAGCCGGUCAAACUGGACGACCGUGUCAAACAAGUUAGCGGCACUCUGAUCAUCAAGGAAGCCAAAGUUGAAGAUUCCGGCAAAUAUUUGUGCAAUGUCAACAAUUCCGUCGGCGGAGAAAGCGUCGAGACUGUUCUGACCGUCACAGCUCCACUAUCGGCCAGCAUUGAACCGCAAGUGCAGACAGUUGACUACGGACGUCCGGCUACAUUGACCUGCAACCCGGAAGGAAAUCCCAUCAAAUCCAUCAGCUGGAUGAAGGAUGGUGUCGCCAUCAGCCACACCGACAACGUACUGAGAAUCGAACAGGUCCGCCGAGAAGAUAAGGGCAUGUACCAGUGCUUCGUUCGCAACGACCAGGAAAGCGCCCAAGCUUCGGCGGAACUCAAACUGGGAGGAAGAUUUGAUCCUCCUCAAUUCAUCAACACUUUUGCCGAACGGACCCUUCAACCCGGACCCAGCGUCUCCCUUAAGUGCUCCGCCUCUGGAAAUCCCCUGCCGGAAAUCACAUGGGAACUGGAUGGAAAGAAAAUCUCAUCAUCCGAGAGGGUCCAAAUUGGUCACUUUACGGCCGGAACCAACGAAGUCGUCUCCUACCUCAACAUCACGGCUGUUCACACCAACGACGGCGGAUUGUACAAGUGCGCCGCUUCCAGCAAAGUCGGCCACGCCGAUCACUCUGCCCGCUUCAACGUUUACGGAUUACCUUUCGUCAGACCCAUGGAUAAAGUGGCUGUAGUGGCUGGUGAAAUCAUGAUGGUCACGUGCCCGGUGGCCGGAUAUCCGAUCGAUACCAUUCAGUGGGAAAAAGGUGGCCGUGUUUUGCCAGUUAACCGACGCCAGCAAGUCUUCCCCAACGGAACACUCAUCAUCGAGAACGUCCAGCGAUCCCUCGAUCAAGGAUCUUACACCUGCAUCGCCAAGAAUACGCAAGGAUUCUCCGCCAAAGGAAACCUCGAAGUCCAAGUCAUGGUUGCGCCACAAAUCACUCCGUUCUCUUUCGGCGACGACGAAGCUCUCAACGCUGGCGAUUUCGUAGUGGUUCAAUGUUCAGCCGUUAAAGGAGAUUCGCCAAUAAGUCUACGCUGGGCUUUUAAGUCUCAGCCGUUAGCGACUGAUUCGCCUAUUACCGGACUGACGAUCAACAGUUUGGGCGACAGGAUUUCCGUCCUGUCGAUCCAAUCAGUGGCGGCCGCUCAUAACGGGGAGUACACGUGCACUGCUGAAAAUCCGGCCGGAAUAGCCAACUAUACGGCCGAGUUGACCGUCAAUGUUCCCCCACGCUGGAUCGUCGAACCCACAGACAAGGCUUUUGCUCAGGGAAGCGAAGCUAAAAUCGAGUGCAAGGCUGACGGUUUUCCCAAGCCUCAAAUUUCAUGGAAGAAAGCUCCAGGGAGCACUCCAAACGAUUAUAGGGACAUCCGUUCCAAUAAUUACGUCCGCAUCGAAGACGGCACUUUGUCCAUUGGCAAUAUCCAAAAAUCAAGCGAAGGUUAUUACUUGUGUGAAGCUUCGAACGGUAUCGGUGCGGGACUAUCGGCCGUCAUCUUCGUCAGUGUCCAAGCCCCUCCUCAAUUUGAGAUCAAGUUCAAGAAUCAAACUGCCCGCCGAGGCGAACCGGCCGUCCUUCAGUGUGAAGCUAAAGGAGAGAAACCAAUUGGCAUUUUGUGGAACAUGAACAGCAAACGACUGGAUUCCAAGAGCGAUCCUCGGUACACCAUUCGCGAAGAAAUCCUGACGACUGGAGUCUUGUCCGACUUGAGCAUCAAAAAGCUGGAACGAACCGAUUCUGCCCUGUUUACUUGCGUGGCUACCAAUGCUUUCGGUAGUGACGACACUAGCAUCAAUCUGAUCGUUCAAGAGACGCCCGAGGUCCCAUUCGGCGUGAAAGUGCUCGACAAAUCCGGCCGCUCCGUUCAACUUUCUUGGUCUGCUCCUUACGAUGGAAACUCACCGCUCACUCGCUACCUGAUCGAAUACAAAAUCAGCAAAGGUGAUUGGCAAGCGGAUAUCGAUCGCGUCCUAGUCCCCGGACAGCAAACUGUCGCUGGAGUUUACAAUUUAGUUCCCGCCACUACGUAUCACUUCCGCCUUGUUGCCGAAAACGAUGUAGGAUCCUCCGAUCCCUCUGAAACUGUUACCAUCAUCACUGCCGAAGAAGCACCCGGAGGUACCCCGCGAGGAGUGAAGGUUGAAGUAGUGGACCAGAAUACUCUCAAAGUUUCCUGGAAACCACCUCCAAAGGAACACUGGAACGGAGAAAUCCUCGGUUACUACGUCGGCUACAAAUUGGCUACUUCCGACAAACCAUACCUCUUUGAAACGGUCGAAUUUAGCCGAGAGCUGGGCAAGGAGCAUCAGCUCAACAUUUCACACCUCAAGAUGUACACGCAAUAUUCCGUGGUUGUCCAAGCGUUCAAUCGUGUCGGCGCCGGACCCAUGUCUGACGAAGUGAUCCAGCACACGGGCGAAGGAACUCCAGAACAGGCCCCUCAAGAUGUGACGUGCACAGCCCUAACUUCUCAAUCCAUUCGGCUGUCUUGGACAUCACCUCCUCUGACUACUGUCAACGGAAUUAUCAAGGGUUACAAAGUCAUUUACGGACCGAGUCAUAUCUGGUUCGAUGAAACCAGCAAAGAUGCCAAAAUUAUCACCACCAGCGAGACUAUCCUCCACGGAUUGCGCAAGUACACCAACUACAGCAUGCAAGUUUUGGCUUUCACCGCUGGCGGUGAUGGUGUCAAAUCCGUACCCGUUUCCUGUCACACCGAACAAGAUGUUCCUGGAUCACCUUCGGCUGUCAAAGCUCUUUUGAUGACUCCGGAUUCAAUUUUAGUCAGCUGGAAAGCACCGGAAUUGCCAAAUGGAAUCGUCAAUCAAUACACCGUUUACAUUCAAGAAGGAUCGGAGGAUGCUCGUAGUCAGAAAGUGUCGCCAUCUCAACUAAAUUAUGAGGCCAGCGGACUGAAGAAGAAGGAGCGCUACAAUUUCUGGGUAACGGCUUCCACUAACGUCGGAGAGGGAGAGGCUUCCAAGACCGUCACGAUUGCUCCUGGUACCCGUGUUCCGGCCAAGAUUGCGUCGUUUGACAACACUUUCAGCGUCUCGUACCGCGAAGAUGUCAAACUGCCCUGCCAGGCAGUCGGUGCUCCAUUGCCUGAAAUCCAGUGGAAAAUCAAGGGAACUCCUUAUGCCGCAUCGGAACGAGUUCGCCUACUGCCUGAAGGAUCUCUCCUCGUCCGUGAAGUCACUCGCGAUGAUGCUGGAGAGUAUACCUGCACCGUCGAGAACAUGUACGGCCAAGACACAGUCACUCACCAACUCCAAGUUCAAGCUCCUCCAUAUCCGCCUCACCUAUCGUUGGCAUCCACCACCACUACGUCUAUUACGAUCAAAGUGAAACCGCGAAAGGAAGAAGAGACACCUAUCCACGGAUACACUGUUCACUACAAACCCGAGUUCGGCGAUUGGGAGACGACUCAAAUCGGCAACUCUCUUCAGGAUUACACGAUCGAGAACCUUUGGUGUGGAACUCGUUAUCAACUCUACGUCAGAGCCUACAAUGGAAUCGGAACGGGAGAAGGGUCGGACGUGAUCAACACACGGACCAAAGGAUCAGCUCCAGCUGUUCCGGAUGCCAACCGAUUUAUCGAAGGUUCAGCUAGCAGUGUGACACUUCAUCUAAGUGCCUGGUCGGAUGGCGGUUGUCCCAUGCUUUACUUUGUUGUCGAGUAUCGCGGAAAGGGAAAUCAAGACUGGACUUUGGUUUCCAACAGCGUCAAGCCCGGUGGCAAUUUCGUCGUACUUGAUCUCAGCCCGGCCACUUGGUAUAAUCUUCGUGUGACUGCCCACAAUAACGCAGGUUCAACUGUUGCCGAAUAUGAGUUUGCCACUCUGACCCUAACCGGAGGAACGAUCGCCCCAGCCAGGGAAACAUCAGAGAAGGAAAAUCCGCUACUGGCCAUGUUGAUGAAUUUGAAUCUGGUGGUUCCAGCUGCCGCAGCCAUUAUGGUUAUUAUCGCCGCCAUCGUCGUCAUUUGCGUCAUCAAGGGCCGCAACAACGGCCACAAAGAUGAUGUCAUCUACAAUCAAGCUUCGGCCAGCAAUGCGACCAUGAAACGUAACGGUGGUGACAUGCGUGAUGAACUUGGUUACAUCCCUCCACCCAACCGCAAGCUCCCACCUGUGCCAGGAACCCAAUACAACACUUGCGACCGGAUCAAACGCGGUCACGCAGACUGUCAUGCCUAUCGGACGCUGGACCCACGCCGACCUGUUUAUGACGAACUGUCAAUCCACCCACCCCCGCGCCGGAAUGUAGAGGUUCCCGGUGAGGAGGUAAACCAGUCUGGGGCUUCGUUGUACGCAGGUAUGGAUGAUGAGAUCUGUCCGUACGCCACGUUUCAUCUGCUUGGAUUCCGCGAAGAAAUGGAUCCCAACAAGACAGGAAACCAAUUCCAGACUUUCCCUCAUCCCAACGGAGGACAACCACCCCAACAGGACAUGAACCACCACCGCCAAGCUUCCCAAUCGAUGCCCCGUCCCGGAAACCGAAUGAUGCGAAUGCCCAACGGCGCCACUUAUGCUCCUGAAAACUGCUACGACGAUCCGGCUAAUUGUGACAUGUACGGAGGAGCGGAAAGCAACUCUUAUGCUUCGUAUACCAAUACCAAUCCACCUCUGCCACCACCGGAUUUCGGCACCAGCCCGAAUCAGAAUACCAUGUUGGCCCGGCGCAGUGUCAAUGGACAGCAAUUACGCGGCAACGGAACCAUGAAUCUACCCCUGCCACCGUAUCCGGAUCCUCCCCAGCCACCUUUACCUCCUCCCCGCACCGGAAAUGAUUCCGCUAAUGUCUCUAGCUCUUCCAACAACGACUCGACCAUCAGCGCUGAAAUCUCCGAAGCCGAAUGCGAUCGCGAACAUUUGGUCAAUCGUAACUAUGGCGUCGGCAUCCGGACCAUGAACAGCAAGGAUGGGAUGAGUAUGGAAGAAAUGCGGAAACUGAUUGAAAAGAGCUCGAAUGAAGGUGGAGCCCACGUCACUAAUGGUCUGAUCGCAUACGACACUGUCAACGUCUGAACAGCUGGGGAAGUAAAGAAGGAUCUGAGAUAACCUAUAUGAGGUUAACAAUGUUAUCAUCUGCGUGGUGCUUCAAUUCUUUAUUUUGAUUGUCCUCAAGGAUAUUUCAACAUCUACAGUUAAUCUUGCUUCGUGAUUUUGUCAACGCUUUUCUAUUACUUCUCCUCAACCUUGAAUAACGAUUAUUGCAUGUUUAACACUUCUUUUGAAUUUUGAAUAUCUUAAUUAGAACAACUCCUAAUAUCCGAAGCGAUGUCGACUUCCACGUAGCUUUGUGUUUAGAUAUCAGUCCCAGACACAUUACCCCAAUUCUCAUCCCCUGUAAAUGAGUGAAGCGACAUCGAAAAACAGUUCGAUUUUUAACGCGUUUCUGUUAUAUGACGAUAAGGUUCUUUUCCUCUUUCAUCUUCUUCAUUUUUGAGUUUGAAUUUUUCCGCUGACGCGUUCGCCUGUAUAGGCGUUCCGUCAGUGCUCAAAGUUGUAUAUCUAAGUACUACUAUCAGUUGAUUUAUUGGCUUCCUUCAUACUUUUAACAAUUUAAAAAAAUCGCUUCCUACGGCGUUAUUUCAUAAUACUGCAGCGCAGCUGCUGUACUUGCGCCAUUGAAAUUUUACUUUUCGCUCGCUAUAUCUCCUAAUAGCUUAUUCGCUUUUGAUGUCCUCGCAAAAGACUGUGGAAUAUUGUCUUCACCUUUUCGUCGCCGAUCAGUGUUAAAAUGGCUGAAAUUGAAGAGAAACGGAUACCCCGGAAAUAAUGAGGAAAACAAAAAAAACUUUGUAAUGUGGCGAGCGAUGUUUGCGCAACCCCCUUUUGUGUCGUGCUUGUCUUUUUAUUACUUUACAAUUAGGAAAAACUUAACAAUUAUCUCCCUCAAUCCUUCUGAUAUCCCUCAACCUUAUUUUUCCCCUUAUUUUUGAUUGUAAAUUCGUGUAAGUUACUAGUCAGUAAGAAAGGGACUUAGAUUUACAGACUGCAGUAGACUAGUGACUCUUUUUAGACAACAUGAAAAACAAACAAAACAAUGACUACUGGAUUCUGAUUAAUCAAAGGGUAGAUUCGGAGUUGAAAAGGUUGUAAUAACUGAACUGCUGCAUGGAAAAAUGCUGUACUCAUUGGAUUUAAACACGAAUCUCGGUAAUUGUGGGGAUUAUUAUUGGUUCAAUACAAUGCUCUUCGUCCGUGUCCCUAAAAUCAACUUGUUAUUUAUUCCUCGUCACUCUGUUUAUUAACCAAGAUAAGAAUUUUAAGCAAAUGAUAAACCGUAUGCAUCGUAAAACAAUUUUUUAAUUUUGAUAGAAAUAUGACUAUUUUGUGGCGACUCCCAUGACGUGAACACGAACAAGUUUCCAUAUCAACGACUUUUUCAAGGGGAUAUCGAAACGCUUUUGAUCGAUGUGUGAAAACAAAGUUUUGUCUUCUGCUACCAGGUGAUCGAUGUUUCGGUUCAAGUGACAUCCAAAACACAAGUCCCAGAUUGUGUAAGUCAACAGAUUUUGAAGAAAAUGAAGCCAAGUUCCAGGUACGUCGUGAACAUGUUCCCAAUAGUAGAAUUUACCACCCUGUUGAUGUAAAAAACGUCAGAUAAUCAAUACUGGAAAACUAACACAAGUGAACUGUGUUACGCUUACGGGUGCGAGGACACGAUGAACUUCUUUAAGUGUUUGUUUGACAUUUCUAACUGAGCACAGCACCAAAGUAGAAACAACAACAUCCAUACUGUUGUCUUCCACUUCUUUCAUGUCUUCAGCAUUGUUGUUUGACAGCAGUUCUUGUAAAAAAGCCCUUGCACGCACCAUGUCUCUCAUCAAGUCAUUCGCUCUUUCGGCCUUGGUGGCUCUUGCCGCUGGUCAGGUCCAGAUCAAGACCAAAGCCAAGAAGUUCCAGCCCGCUGUUGCUCAAAAUAUCAUCAGCCGAGAAGUUUGCGGUGAUGUGUAUGAAACUGGCACUGGAGGAAGCAUCAUUUCGCCCAACUAUCCAACUGGCUACAACAAUGGGGACUCUUGCGGAUGGUUUUUGACUGCUGAAAAUGGAAAUAGAAUUGCCGUCGUCAUCCACGAUCUGGAUACCGAAUCAGGUUUCGAUGUUUUGACAAUCCUUGAUGGUGUUACUGGAGAGUCACCCGUCCUGGUUGAACUUUCGGGACAAGCCUCCAACUUCGCCGUUCUGUCCACUCAACCUUCCAUUUUCGUCGGCUUUACCUCUGAUUCCUCCAUCAACGGUCCUGGAUUCAACGCAAGUUGGACUCAAGUCAACCCACAAGCCAACUUGGAACUUUUUGGCCUGUAAACUACACGACUCUGUCGACUCCUGUUAACCCAAGACUGUAAUUUACGUAGAAUGCACAUUCAACAUCACUUUGCGAAUUCUACUGCCAAAAAGACAUGUUUUGUAGCCAGAAAGAUGUUAAAAUAAAUUUGAAAAUAUUUAA